AUGCCACGGAAGAAAACUCAAAAUCAGGACGAGGUCGUUGCCACGUCGCAGAGCUCAAGAUUCCACAAUGAAACGUUGGACACGCUUUCCAAAGACGUGGAUCUCAGGAAAGUCUCCCUUUCAGCAGGUCUCAAGGAUCUCUUGGUAGACACAGAUUUACGAAUAACACAGGGAUCCAAGUACGGGCUUAUCGGGCCCAACGGAUGCGGCAAAACCACCCUCCUUAAGUGCAUCGGCUACAAAAAGAUUCCGGGAAUUGCGUCGAAUCUCAGGACUUUGUAUGUAGAGCAGGUUGCAGUGGAGGGCACUGAAAAGCUGGUUUUGGAGACCGUGGUGGACUCCGAUAAGCAGAGGGUGGUGCUAUCCUUGCAGAUGGAGGCUUUGGAAAAGGCAUUGGAGUCCGGAGAGGCGGAUCUUUUGAGGAAGGCGAUCAAGUAUGUGAAAGUUGAAAGACAGAGGGAGGAGUUGAAAGCAGCACAGAAAAUCGCUUCUGAGCGGUCUGGAACCAGAGGCCACAGGGCCAGAAAAGCUUUGGUGGAGCAGGAGGAGAUUCUUGAAAAAUUGGAGAACUUGUCCUUGGAAGAAGUUGCAGAAACGGACGAAACGCUUCUAGCUGAACAGCUUCUAUCUGAGGUUUCAGAGAGCCUUGAGGGAUACGAUAGUGUGGAGGUGCUUCGAGUGAAUGCUGCCAAAAUUCUCCAGGGUCUAGGGUUCACGGAGAAAAUGAUGGCGGAACCUGCUAAGCUUCUCUCUGGAGGGUGGAGAAUACGUGCUUCUUUGGCUGCUGCAUUGCUCAUAAAACCGGAUAUUCUUCUUUUGGACGAACCGACCAACCAUCUUGAUCUUCCCACGGUGCUUUGGCUCCAACAGUACCUCCAGUCCUUGGACGACGUGCUGAUGGUGGUGGUUUCUCAUAACCGUGCUUUUUUGAAUGAAGUAGCUGAAGAAAUCAUCGUUUGCAGAGAGCAGCGGUUGGACUACUUUACAGGAAACUACGACGAGUAUUUAGAGGACUACCAGGAGAAACAGAGCUUUCUCCAGGCCAAGGCGGACGCCAACCAGAAGAAAAAAGACGCUUUGGAGCUGAGUGUGGAAAAAGCAUUGGUGGCUGCAAAACGCAGUGGAGACGACAAAAAAGUGCAAACAAUGGCUGCACGGAAAAAGAAGCUCGAUCGGAUCGGCAUGGACGUGAAUGAAAAGGGCCACCGUUUCAAGCUCAACAGAGACAGAGCAGGGUGGCACGAAAGCAUACGAGACGACAUUGUGGUGGAUAAGCAGAUGGUGCCUGAUGUGUGGAAAGUGGAAACACCUCCACCGCUACGGUACCAGGGCGACAUUCUCGUGAUGAACGGGGUAGGUUUUCGGUACGGCGAAAAUGUUAUUUUUGGCCGGGUCAAUUUGUCCAUUGGCCAGAGGGCCAGAAUCGCUAUAGUUGGUGCAAACGGAACGGGAAAGUCCACCUUCAUCAAGCUCUUGACAGGAGAGUGUCAGCCCACGGUGGGAACGGUGGAAAGGCCUGGAAACGCAACAAUCGGCACCUUUGACCAGUUCAACGCCGAAUCGUUCAAGUCCUCCCUCGACACCAAGGCCACUCCAUUGACGCUUUUCAUGGACAAGUACCCCCACAGCAAAGAGAGCCAGGUGCGAGGCCACCUCGGCAAAUUUGGCAUUCGAGGAUCCACAGCCGUCAAGCCGCUAGUCCAACUCAGUGGAGGCGAAAUGGCCCGGACCAAGUUGGCGCUUAACUUCUUUGAGGCAUCGCCCAACUUGCUCAUUUUGGACGAACCGACAAACCACCUCGACAUGCUUCUGAUCGAGUCGCUAGCGGAAUUGGUGACGAGCUAUGGAGGCGCAGUGGUGGCUGCUUCCCACGACCAGCAUUUCGUGGAGCAGUUUGCCGAGGAGAUUUAUACUUUUGAGAAGAGGCAGAUGAGGCGGGUGGAGUCGAUUGGGGAGUACCUGGCCCAGUUUCUGGACCUGAAGACCCUUUAG